AUGGUAUUUGGAGACUGUACAUGUGAAUCUGAGGACACAGAGCACAACAAAGAAGCUGCACUCAAGUACAAACUAGGUUCCAUAGCUUCCAUCCUUGUUGCCGGUGCUGUUGGGGUCAGUCUGCCAUUGCUAGGCAAGAAAAUCCCAACUCUAAGACCCGAAAACGACAUCUUCUUCAUGAUCAAGGCCUUCGCAGCCGGCGUGAUUCUAGCAACUGCGUUCAUUCACAUACUACCAGAUGCAUUUGACAACUUGACCUCACCAUGUCUUAAAGAAAAUCCAUGGGGAAAAUUUCCCUUCACUGGUUUUGUUGCCAUGCUAUCUGCCAUUGGAACACUGAUGGUUGAUUCAUUGGCAACCGGGUACUACCAGAGGUCAAACAUAAAGUCCAGCCAAGUGACAGUUCAUGAAUUGGAGACGAGUGAUCAUGUACAUGGUCAUGCAGCAGAUCAUGUACAUGGCCACACACAUGCCACACAGAGUCAUGCUCAUGGCUCUGAAGAAUUGACGUCAUCAGAAUUAAUCAGGCACCGUGUCAUUUCGCAAGUCUUGGAGCUGGGGAUCCUAGUGCACUCAGUUAUAAUUGGAAUAUCAUUGGGUGCUUCCCAAAGCCCUGAAACAAUAAAGCCUCUCAUGGUGGCUCUGUCUUUCCAUCAAUUCUUUGAGGGCGUGGGCCUUGGUGGCUGCAUCUCCCAGGCUAAAUUCAAGUCUCGGUCUGCAGCGAUCAUGGCUGCAUUUUUCUCACUCACAACCCCAGUGGGGAUUGCAAUUGGCAUUGGCAUAUCAACCGUUUACAAUGAAAGCAGUCCCACUGCUCUAAUUGUUGAAGGGACUUUCAAUGCUGCUGCAGCUGGGAUUUUGAUUUACAUGGCUCUUGUUGACCUACUGGCAGCUGAUUUCAUGAACCCUAGACUGCAAAGCAAUUUGAAGAUUCAAUUAGGAGCAUAUAUUUCACUUCUUCUAGGGACUGGUUGUAUGUCUGUCAUAGCCAAGUGGGCUUGA